GUGGCUCCAUUUGAGGAAGAUUGCUUAUCUCUCUCCUCCCGUCCACAACUCGGCUUGGCUGAGAAAUCUAACUAACCUAUCCAAACAAACCCCAGGAGUUGUUCUCCAUCGGGACGUGUUUUAUUACGCGUUGAUGGACUUGGAUGAAUUCGCCAUCAUUGUGAAUCCACUACUUUAAGUGUUUUGUCUUGCGCCAUUCCGAUGAACGCUGCGCCAAGAAGAGCAGCUCUGCGUAAAGUCAAACAGCUUCAGAUGACCAGCACUGGAAACUCUGCAGCGGCUGUUGUUAAGACUGGAAGAAAAAGAACCUAAAGCCAACGAGUCCUGAAGCGUUUUUGGUUUGAUAUUGGAAGGAAAAAAAAAAAAAAAAAACUGUUUUAACGCGUCGCAAAAGUUGAAUCAAAAGUUGUUAAGGCAAAAGGGAAAACGUGGUGCGAAGUGUGCGCACGAAUCUGCUCUAUUGAUCCGUUUUGUGCAAAAUUAGAAGAAAUCACAGACUGAAGGAUCAGUCCAAGUCGGAUGAAUGUCUGUCUGCUGACUGCUCUGGGCUGUAAACUUGUUGAAUGAUCACCUCGCCGUAGGAGCGCGUUGGAUGAUGAUGCUUGUAGCGAAAACCACAACUGACAGAAAAUCAAGCUUCACCGUCUGACAGCCAGUGACUUGUGAGCGUCCCCCCUCUGCGGAUCCCGUCUUUACCUCUGGUUGACCCUUUGAACACUCAGCCCUUGUGAAGACUUUCACUUGUUGACACACAUCAUCAGCCAGGCACAAGUGGUGGCAAUCAAAGACAAAAUAACUGAAUGGGGGCUAAUCGUUGCCUGAAGCUGCUAUUAGAACAGUAGCAAGAUGCUGCCGCAGUUCCCAAAUGCUUUAUUGCGUCGCUCAAAGCUUCAGCUAAUUUAGAACAUUUCCAGCGAUAUCCUUUUUGUGGUCCAGGAGCAGCUGUAAAGAUAAAAAAGAGUAAAAAAAAAUUCCACAACGGCCAUACAGAAUGAGAUCAGCAAUGCUUUGGUCUUUAUUGUUCACCCUGCAAGCAUUGUGCGCCAGCGUGGCACAUGCCAUGCAACAUUACCCAGCGGCCUGGGGACACUAUGAUGUGUGCAAGUCCCAGAUCUAUACGGAGGAGGGUCUGGCGUGGGACUACAUGGCCUGUCAGCCGGAAGCUACUGACAUGACAAAGUACCUGCGAGUGGCCCUCGACCCCCCAAAUAUCACGUGUGGAGAUCCGCCAGAAACGUACUGCGCUUUGGAGAAUCCUUACAUGUGCAACAAUGAAUGUGAUGCCACGACUGAGGAACUAGCUCAUCCUCCCGAGCUGAUGUUUGACUUUGAAGGUCGCAAUCCCACAACUUUUUGGCAAUCCACCUCAUGGAAGAAAUACCCCAAACCACUGCAAGUCAACCUCACACUGUCAUGGAACAAGACUAUUGAGCUGACUGACGACAUCGUACUGACCUUUGAGUCAGGCCGACCGGAGCAGAUGGUCCUGGAGAAGUCCCUCGACUACGGCCGGACCUGGACCCCUUACCAGUUCUACGCCACAGACUGCCUGGACGCCUUCACCAUGGAACCCAAGACUGUCAACGACCUCACCCAGCGCACUCUGCUGGACAUCAUCUGCACCGAGGACUACUCCCGAGGUUACGUUUGGAAGAAUGACAAGACAGUACGUUUUGAGAUAAAGGAUCGCUUUGCCCUUUUUGCCGGACCUCGUCUUCACAAUAUGGCUUCGCUUUACGGCCAGCUGGAUACCACCAAGAACCUGCGGGACUUUUUCACCAUCACUGAUCUGAGGAUUAGGCUGCUGAAACCAGCCACUGGAGCCACCAUGGUGGACGAGAACAACCUGUCCAGAUACUUCUACGCCAUCUCUGACAUUAAGGUGCAGGGCAGGUGCAAGUGCAACCUGCAUGCCAACAGCUGUGUGUUUGACAAGGGGAAGCUGGGCUGUGAGUGUGAGCACAACACCACAGGGCCAGACUGCAGCCGCUGUAAGAGGCACUACCACGGAAGAGCCUGGAGUGUGGGCUCCUACCUCCCAAUACCCAAAGGAACGGCAAAUAUAUGUAUCCCCAGUAAUCACGGACCAGUGCAUCGAGCAAAUGCUUCAUCUCUUGGUGUUGCAAAUCGAAACCAAGGUAGGCUUAUAGGCUUUGUAACUUCAGCAUGA